AUGGCAAAUAUCGGCGAUGCCAAGUUUCAAGGACAAGAUGGGGGUCCAAGAAGAAGGGAGAGCAGUGUGCGUGGUGGUCAGAUCAGCAUCCCCGCCGACCCUCACUUUGAAGGGAAUGCCAUCGAAGUGCGAGCGUUGAGGAGCUCCAUUAGCGACGCUGGCAUGCUCAUGCAUAACCUAAGCCUGGCACCAUCUAUGAGGGAUCGCAGAGCUUCGCGGAACUCCUUUGGCGUGUCGUUACCAAUUCCCCGAUCCCCGCGCGCCUCUAGACUCUCCUCGGAUUUAGCAAAGGAAAAGGUUGAAGCCGCCAAAAACAUGGCCUUUGCUUUCGACAUUGACGGCGUCUUGGUCCAUGGAAGUCGUCUUAUACCCGAAGCGGCGCGAGUGAUGGAGCUUCUCAAUGGAGAUAACGAGCUAGGAAUCAAGAUCCCAUACAUUUUGCUCACAAACGGUGGGGGCAAAACCGAAUCAGCCCGAGUUGAAGAGCUUUCCCGCAUAUUAGGGUCGCCAAUCUCGACAGAUCAGUUUAUCCAAUCGCACACACCGAUGCAAGCGUUGUCAGAGUACUAUGAAACAGUUCUUGUGGCCGGCGGGGACGGAUAUAAGAUUCGACAAGUCGCUGAAGACUACGGGUUCAAGAACGUAGUUCUCCCGAAAGAUAUCCUGGCAUGGGAUCCGACUAUAUCCCCAUGGAGCAAACUCUCCGAGGAAGAACGAAAACAGGCCAAAAUUCAAGAUUUCGACAAAAUGAAUUUCGAGGCGAUCAUGGUGUUUGCUGAUUCCCGGGAUUAUGCCACCGAUAUGCAAAUCAUCAUGGACCUUCUCCUCAGCGAGAACGGGAGGUUGAAGACCAAGUCCAAAACGCCCCUCGAGAAUCAGCUUCCCAUCUAUUUCUCACAAGGCGAUUUACUCAUGCCCACUGAGCAUGGCGUUCCGCGGUUGACUCAGGGUCUGUUCCGCAUCAGCAUUGAAGCCAUGUACAAGUCCUUGACUGGAGGCGACCUUGAGCGUGUCGUGUACGGCAAGCCCGAGCUGGCUACAUAUAAAUUCGCAGACGAGGUUAUGAAGCAAUGGAUGAAGGAGAUUCACAACGAACACGUCUUGCCGAAGAACAUUUAUAUGGUUGGCGACAACCCUCAAUCAGACAUUGUUGGCGGCAAUAUGUACGGAUGGAACACAUGUUUGGUUCGGACUGGCAUAUUUCAAGGCGGCGAGAACGACGAAGAGAAUCCGGCAAGCUUCGGGGUAUUUGCAAAUGUGUUGGAUGCGGUGCAGGCUGCGAUUAAGAAGGAGCUUGGAAAGGAGUUCAAGUUCCGAUGGAGUGACAAGAUCAAUCCUGUCCUCCAUCCAGAGGGGGCCUGGGGAACAAAGUGCCCGUCCUUAUUUCACGGAGAGUCCAGCGCUAUGGCUGCGGAUCCAGAGCCCACUCGCCACAUCUAUCUGCCUCCUGAAAUUCUCUGCACUAUUUUCUCUUACAUUGAGGAUCAGAGCCAAGCGAAUGCGACCCUUCGGUCAUGCUGCCUCGUAUGCCGCCAGUGGUGUUCAGUCGCUACUCCUUUUCUAUAUCGGGAGCCUAGCAUCAAAUCUGGGAACUUUGCUGCUUUUGCCGCCGCUGUUAUUUCUCCCAUCAACCAACCCCAUUCCCAGAGAUCCGAUCUAGGCCAGUACGUGCGGACACUUGACCUGUCCGAGCUCGUGCAUCACAGCACAAAUUCCAUGACUGCAAAGCUGCUUCGGGCAGUAAGACAGGGACUCGAACUUUUUAUUGCCCCGGGGCGCUCUAUUUCGUCUCUCAAUCUUUUGUCCAUCUCAAAAUGCCAGAAUCUCCAAAUUCUAGACCUCUCACUCGUCCUCACUGAGCUCAGCUUUGGCGAUGUUAAAAAUGCCACCAAAAAUCUCACCAGCCUUACUACGUUGCGACUACCUAAAAACACAUCGCUCUCCCUCGCGGCGAACGAUGUACCGUGGCCUCCAAACCUUACCGUUUUCCAGUUUGGCGGUGAUGACCCAGCUGAUAUCCCCCGGUUCGCCGAGGAGUUCUCCUGGCCGGAAAAACUGACCAGUCUGACACUCCACAACUGUAAAAGCCUCACAAUCGCCGCAGGCCAAGCGAUCUUUGGUAACCCGCAACUGCAGCAGCGCCUCCGCCGCCUCAGGAUAACCAGCGACAAUAACUUUACACAUUUCCGAUUCAUGGCCGACCUUGUCAAUGUCAUUCCGAAAGUGAAAUGGCUCAGCCUCCCUGGCGGUGAUGUCAAUUCGACAAUCAUUCCCACCCUGGCAACCUUGAACACACAAUUGGAGUUGGAAGUUCUUCGAAUGGAGCCAUCGUUAGUGAGCUGGGUUUUCCCGCUUAAUGAGUUUAAAAGGGCGCUUGGGUCAUCGCUUCCGAGGCUUCGGCAUUUACGUGUUCAUGUGGUACAUGUCCCUUCCGUGUCGUACGAUUCCGUUGUUGAGGAGAUUACUCUGGCGUUGAGGAAGAACGCUGAAGGUGCGGGAUAUGACAAGGCAAUGCUGGGUGAGGUUUUCAGUAUUUAUCCAUAG